CAGGAUAUACUAGCAGCUAUAAUAAAAUUGAAACGAAAUGCGACACUCUAGCAGUAUAUAAAGUCUUGCUUGUAUGGGAUUAUCACUCAUCAUUAUUUGUAUUUCUAAUAAUGAAGCAAACAGUGAUGAGAAUGUUACUACAUUUUUUUUCUGUAUUAUUUGCUGUCCUUACUAUUUUGGUUUUGAUACAAGCUCAGGAUCAAUCAGGAUUCAUUAGCUUAGACUGCGGUCUACCUAAAGAUGUCAACUAUUCUUCGUUGGAGACAGGCAUAAAUUACAUUUCAGAGGCCAAAUUCAUAGAUUCAGGUGUAAGUAAGAGGAUACCUCCUACAGAGAUUAUUGUUAAACAACAACUAGAACAUGUGAGGAGUUUUCCUAAUGGAGUGAGAAAUUGUUACAGAAUAAAUGUAACAAGUGAUACUAAAUAUUUAAUCAGAGCUACUUUCUAUUAUGGUAACUAUGAUGAUUUAAAUGAUCCCCCAGAAUUUGAUCUUCAUUUUGGACCUAAUGUCUGGGAUACAGUGAACUUCCCCAAUGCAUCACUCGUCACAUUUAUGGAGAUCAUUUACACUCCAUCACUAGAUUACAUACAACCAUGUCUUGUUAACACAGGCAAAGGGACUCCAUUCAUUUCAGUUAUUGAAUUGAGGACUUUGAACAAUAAAGCUUAUGUCACAUAUUCAUCUAAAUCAAUUGUAUUAUCACUCUUCAGGCGAUUCAAUUUAGGUUCCAUCAGUGACAAAAGUUACAGGUACAAAGAUGAUGUUUAUGACCGCAUCUGGAAUCCUUUUAAAUCUGGUUUUAAACUAUUAAACAGCAGUAACAAUGAUCUAUUACUUCAGAAUAACUAUGCACUACCAGCAAUUGUGAUGAGCACAGCUGUUACAUCAUUAAAUCCCAGUGCCCCUUUAAAUUUUUCAUGGACAGCAAAUAAUGUAAAUGAUCAAUACUACCUUUACAUGCACUUUAAUGAGGUUGAAGAGCUGGCAGCAAAUGAAACUAGAGAGUUUAAUAUCACAGUGAAUGAUAGGUUUUGGUAUGGACCUGUGACAUCAUAUAUUACUAUAUUUAGUAGAGAACCUUUUCCUAGAGCCAAAACGUAUGAAAUUUCCCUCUUUAAGACAGAUAAUUCAACCCUUCCACCCAUAGCUAAUGCUAUUGAGGUUUAUAAAGUAAAAGACUUCUCACAGUCAGAAACUCAUCAGGAUGAUGUUGAUACUAUCAUGAAUAUCAAGAACACUUAUGGGGUGUCUAGAAAUUGGCAAGGAGAUCCAUGUGUCCCUGUGAAUUACAUGUGGGAAGGCGUAAACUGUACUAUUGAUGCCAAUAGCAUCCCAAGAAUCACAUCUUUGAAUUUGUCUUCAAGUGGGUUGACAGGGGAGAUAUCAUCUUCCAUAUUAAAGUUCACCAUAUUACAGUACUUGGAUUUAUCAAACAAUAGCUUAAACGGCCCUUUACCUGAUUUUCUGACACAACUGCGGUCUCUAAAAGUCUUAAAUGUGGGGAAGAACAAACUUGUAGGGUUAGUCCCAAGUGAACUCCUCGAUAGAUAUAAAUCAGGUUCACUAUCACUGAGUGUGGAUGAUAAUCCUGAUCUUUGUAAGACGGAAUCUUGCAAAAAGAAGAACAUUGUAGUACCACUUGUUGCAUCUUUUUCAGCAUUAGCUGUAAUUCUUUUGAUUUCUCUUGGAAUUUGGUUGUUUAGAAGACAAACAGAUGAAGUUACAUCUCCAAAUUCUGAAAGGGGUUCAAUGAAAUCAAAACACCAAAAAUUCACUUAUACUGAAAUUCUCAAUAUUACUGAUAACUUCCAAACUAUUAUUGGAGAAGGAGGUUUUGGAACAGUUUAUUUUGGCAUUCUACAAGAUCAAACUCAAGUCGCUGUUAAGAUGCUUUCACCAUCAUCAAUGCAAGGUUAUAAGGAAUUUCAAUCAGAGGCACAACUUCUAACGAUUGUUCAUCAUAGAAAUUUGGUCCCUCUCCUUGGAUAUUGUGAUGAAGGUCAAAUCAAAGCAUUGAUUUACGAAUACAUGACCAAUGGAAAUCUCCAACACUUGUUAGUAGAAAAUUCAAAUACCUUAAGUUGGAAUCAGAGGCUUAACAUUGCUGUUGACACAGCCCAUGGAUUGGAUUAUCUGCAUAAUGGAUGUAAACCACCUAUCAUGCAUAGAGAUUUGAAGCCUUCCAACAUACUACUUGAUAAGAACUUUCAUGCAAAGAUUGCUGAUUUUGGUCUAAGCAGAGCUUUUAUUAACGAUAAUGAUUCUCAUAUAUCCACACGCCCUGCUGGUACAUUUGGUCAUGUUGAUCCAGAAUAUCAGAGAACAGGAAACACAAAUAAAAAAAAUGAUAUCUACAGCUUUGGGAUAAUUCUAUUUGAGUUGAUCACUGGCCAAAAAGCACUUGCACAAAGAGCAUCCGGAGAAAAAAUUCACAUACUUCAAUGGGCUAUUCCUAUAAUCGAAAGCGGGAAUAUUCAAAACAUAGUUGAUAUGAGAUUGCAGGGUGAAUUCAGCAUUGAUUCUGCGUGGAAAGUUGUAGAGAUAGCCAUGUCAUGCAUUUGUCAAACUGAAACUGAAAGGCCAGACAUAAGCCAAAUAUUGGCAGAGCUAAAGAUAUGUCUCUCUUUGGACAUGGUUCAGUGUGGAAGCACAAGAUCUAGAGAUGAAUUGGUUUCUUUAGCUAUUGAAUCAGAAACCGCUAUUUUAGCUAGAUAACCAUCAUUUAUGAUAAUAUUUAGGCUCAAAAUGCAAAUAUGUCUCGUUUUGGUUUUAGUCCCUGCAAAUUUUUUUUGUUGUUUUUGGUCCCUGCAAAUAUGUCUCAUUUUGGUUUUG